AUGGCUCAGUUGAAGAGAAAGCUAGACAUAGAGACGUCUCCCAGUGUGUCAACCACUCACUCAUUUUUGCAACCUCAAUAUGUUUCUAAUGGGAAAAGAUUAAAUUCUCAAGUUCCAAUAUACACAAAGCACUUAGUCCAACCUUAUAGACGAAUAAAAAAAAUUGGACAAGGUAAGCAUUCGAUCUGUUAUGAAAUCAUUCAUCCUAAUGGGAAUACAUAUGCUAUGAAAACUUUACCCAUUCGUGAUCAUAAAUUCAAAAGUAAUCACAUGUCUCGCAUCAUGAAUGAAAUUGAAAUUCAUAAAUUACUCUCAAAUCAUAAUAAUAUUGCCACUUUCAUUGAAGAAUUCCAAGUAGAACAUGAGUAUGUAGCUAUAGUAUUGAACUAUUAUCCCAAUAAUUCAUUAGAGAUGCAUUUCAAUAAUGGAAUCCAAUUACGUGAAUGGGAAGUCCGCAAACUUAUGACUCAAUUACUCGGAGGUGUAUUUUGGAUUCAUGAGAAUGAUAUAGUACAUGGCGACCUAAAAUUGGGUAAUUUAUUAUUGGAUGAACAAUUUAAUUUGAAAAUAUGCGAUUUUGGUCAUUCUUUUAAUAAUUGUAACAAUGAAAUAUACACAAGAAAUUUCAUUAAUUCAACAACAUUUAUAUCGAAUAAUAAUAAGAUUAUUGGGACACCUAAUUAUCUUGCACCGGAGAUCAUUAAAAGAAUCAUUAAACAAAAUACCAACGAUAACCUUAUAUCGUUUGAAGUAGAUAUAUGGGCCAUUGGGGUUAUACUCUACAUAUUAAUUGUAGGGACAUUGCCAUUUUUGGAUGAAACAUUAGAUCUAAUGUGCGAAAGAAUAUUGAAUUGUACUAUCGACUUCCCUCAUACAAAUAGAAACAAUUUUGAUAUAUCGAAUGAUGUGAUAUCCUUGAUCAAUGAAAUACUUAAAAUGAAUCCCUUAGAGAGGCUUACGAUACCUGAAAUAAUAGCGCACAAAUGGUUUCAAUCUUAUUUCCCAGAAUCUUUCAACAUAUAUGAUAAUCUAAGCCUUGAAAGUUAUGAAAACUCUUCCAUGAAUUUACAAUCAACUUUAAAUUUUAAAAAAUGUUUAUCGGAUUGUGGUCUAUCGAAACUGAUGAAACCAUUCCAUAAUGACAACGAUGAUGAUAAUGACAAUGACGAUGAUAACGAUAACAAUAUUUACGACUAUAAUGACAAACAAGCUGAAAGAACGAAUCAAUUUAAACCAGAACUAACGUCACCUCGGAAAGGGAUGAACCUACUAACUGAAAGUUUUAUUAAUAAUAAUAGAUCAAUUGAUUUCAAAAAGAUCAGACUGUUCUUAACAUAUUUAGACGAACAUUCAAAUGCAGCAAAAAUAGAGCGAUUAAAAAAGAUUAAACAAUACCAACCACCCACUGUUACUUUCAGUAAUCCAAUUGAAUUAGAGACACCUAAAAAUAUUCUAAUUAAUCAUUAUCAAUUAACGCUUGAAAGAAUCUUAGAGUAUGAACAAAUAGUGAUGUCCUCGGGACAAUUAUGCCCUGAAAAUCAAAACAAUGAUGCACAGACCGAUUUUACAUAUGUCUCCACUAAGUAUAUCGAUAUAAAUGGGGCCAAUGAAGGAUUAUUUGUGUAUCGAUUAUCUAGCGGUGAUAUUGGUACAUUAUUCUCCAAUGGCCAUACACUGUUGAAACUCUCUGAUUCUAAUGCAAUCUGGUAUUUGAUUCCUGACGAAGAAUAUGGUUGGAUAUCUAAAUGUUUUGAUUGCAAUAAAUUACCAAACGAAUUACAAGAAAAGUUACAGGAAGCGAAUAUUGCAUCUAACUUGUUAAAUACAAGUAUUGAUGGAAUGGAUAUGGGUGGUUUAUUUACAAAAGAACCAGGUGUAGAAGACAUAUUUGUUAGAACUAUUACUACAUAUGAAAAUAAUCAAAUAACUAUGAUGGAAUUGAGUGAUGGAAGUAUUCAAUUUGAUUUUAUUGAUGGUGAUGAGUUUUCUAUCCCAUUGACUUUAUCGAUAAGGAACUACGGUGAAAGUGUCACUCUUCUCUCCAAAGUGGAAGGUAUUAAAACAUUAAAAACGCUAGAUUUUAUUCAAAGAUUUGAAUGUGAUAAGAGCAGUUCACAAAUUAGAGAUAAGUUAAUGAUUAUUAAGAAAUGUUUAAAGGAGAGAAUAAACCUGUGA